GCUCCCCUUUCCCUGUAGGCUGCUGCCCUCUGCUGAGCCAGCCUCCCUGCAGCACCCGCCUUCGGCCGCUAGAGGGAGGGUGAGCCGCCGCCUGUGGAAGCGGUUUCCGUUUCCCGUGCGCUGCCCGCCAGGAGGGUCCCCGGGCAGCCAGCUGCGUGCCCUUAGCCUUGUGCUGUGCCUGGUCCUGUUUCAAGUGAAGGGAAGUGUUAACUGCUUGAUUCCACUCUUACAAGUUCAUCAUUUGCAUCAGAGAGAAAAGAAGAAUCCAUCUCUUGUGCUUGAGCCAAAAGGAUAUUCUGGAUGAUCUUUGAAUAGAAGAGCACAAUGCCUUUCUUGCAUGGCUUCCGCAGGAUCAUUUUUGAGUAUCAGCCAUUGGUAGAUGAGAUCUUGGGAUGUCUGGGGAUACAGGAUCCUGAAAAGCAGGAAACUCUAGAGAGCCCCAGCUGCCUAGCUGAAGACAGCAGCAAAUUCUUGGUCCUCAACAAGCUGUUGGAGAGAGAGACCCAUUCCCCAUUCUACCAAGAAGGAGUGAGCUACUCCUUGCUGAAGGUAGCUGAACUUGGGCUGGUGAAUGCAGCUGAAAUCCUCCUGCAGAAUGGGGCCAAUCUUAUCUUUGAAGAUCCUGUCACCUAUUACACAGCUCUGCACAUCGCUGUUCUCCGAAACCAGCCGGACAUGGUGGAGCUGCUAGUGCACCGUGGGGCGGACAUUAACCGGAGAGAUCGGAUUCAUGAAAGCAGCCCCCUGGAUCUUGCCAGUGAGGAGCCCGAGCGGCUGCCAUGUUUGCAGCGUCUCCUGGAACUCGGUGCCGAUGUCAAUGCAGCUGACAAAAAUGGAAAGACAGCUUUGCUGCAUGCCCUGGCCAGCAGUGAUGGAGUUCAGAUCCACAACACCGAAAACAUCCGGCUCCUGUUGGAAGGAGGAGCAGACGUGAAGGCCACCACCAAAGAUGGCGACACCGUCUUCACCUGCAUCGUCUUCCUGCUUGCCGAGACGGUGGGUGGGGACAAAGAGGAGGUGCGAAUGAUCAACCGUUUCUGCUUCCGGGUCACCCAACUGCUGAUGGCCCACGGCGCUGACCCCAGUGAAUGCCCAGCCCGUGAGUCCCUCACACACAUCUGCCUCAAGAGCUUCAAGCUCCACUUCCCGCUCCUACGCUUCCUGCUGGAGUCGGGGGCCUCCUACAACUGCUCCCUCCAUGGCCCCUCGUGCUGGUCGGGCUUUCAUGUGGUCUUUGAGAGACUGUGCUCCCACCUCAGCAGCUCGGAAGACGACAGCUUCUCCGCUGACCUCCUGCAGAAAGCAGAAACUGUCCUAGAGCUCAUGGUGGCCAGCUCGCAGAUUCCCAAACUGCCUAGCAACUUUGACAUCAACUCCACCAGCUGCAGGUUCCAUGGGGAGAAGAUCAAGGCCCUUUUCUACUCCCUGAAGCAGCUGCAGCGCGCGCCACAGGCCCUGAAACAUCUCUGCAGGGUGUAUAUCCGGCAGCGCCUCAAACCGUGGCCAGUGGAUGUGAAGAUCAAGGCCCUUCCGCUUCCCGACAGACUAAAGUGGUAUCUCCUCAUAGACCACGGCAGUGCCGGCGAGGACGACAUCUGAGCCAGGCAGGGGGCAGAUCUGGAAUCCUCACUCCAGUCCCUCCCCCAAACACUCCGGUGACUUGAUUUCCCCACCUGGAAGAGCAAGAGGUUCCUUAUGGUCCAGACCAGCUUCCUCCACUGCCAGCCAGUGCUUUGUUUGAUCACGCCACGCUGUCCACAAAUACCGGGGCCUGGCUUCUCUGGGAAGGGAUACCCUCAAUAGCAUGUUACCUGAAUCCCCAUGACGUGUGAUUCGGGGUGGGAGGGCAGAGGGAUAAGUGGGUUGGUCUGGUCAUCUGGACUUUGUGCCUUUACGAACGAUGAGUGUUGGUAAAGGCUGCAUCGCAUGGACGUACAAUUUGGAUUUGGGAUCAUGGGCCUGGUCUGAGGAGCAGAGAUUCAGGAGAUGCACCCCAUAGGUUGUGCAACUGCCUGUGCCGUCUUGUUUGAGUAAGGCCGAGGAACAAACAUUCCUCCUCUCCCUUCUCCACCCACCAUGCGGGAGUGGCUGAAGCGGUGCCUCAGGUGAAUGGCAGUUUCCAAUGCUACCAUCUCCUGGGAGCGUGGCCUGAGGUGGGAAGAAACCUCAAGCUGCUAGAGAAAACGUUCAGCGAGUACCUCCCCCUCCCGCCUCCUCGGGAAGCUAUGUGGGCGGUUUCCCCUCAGGCCAGGCCCAAGCGCGGGUGGUGCUGUCUGAGGGAUUGAUGGCCUUUCGCCAGACCCCGGAGCAGGCUCGGCUCUCCCGACACUUGGAAAGCAGGAGACGUGGCGCUUUUCAGCAUGGGUCACAUGCCAGAGGAGCAACUAACUUCACCCAGGAUUUCCAAGAGCCACGGUCAACGCCGACAGUCACGCUCCUUUCACAACAGCUUGUCCGCUUGUUGUACCACCUGCCGGGACUAAAAGAAGAGCAGAGAGAGGUUAGCAUUCUCUCUCUUUUCCCCAGGCAUCUGCCAAGUGCUGGGGGCGAAGGCUGGUGCCCCUGUGAUCUGGGUGGGCCUUGGGCUCAGUGAAACGUUUACAAAGGAGAAGGAAGCGGCAGGACUGGGUGUAGCACCUGAAUCUCGAGCUCAGGGCUUUGCAAGCUGCUGAUAUUGCAAGUGGAGGGUGGCACCAGGAAAUGAAGGGCUUGUGAAAUGAAGUGCUCAGGGGCAUGGAGGAGACAGUAGGAACAGUGCUAACAUGGGACCUGGUUGUGGAUUCCCACGCCAGGCAGUCCUUUUGGCUUAGUCUUGUGGCAUAUUCUGCCUGGCUCCUACGCUGCGGAAGGUUCUAGUGCAGCUCUCCACUCUGUGCCUUGGGUGUGGUGGCCAAGUCUACUGGAACAGAGGAGCCUCUAAGCUUGUUUCCAGCCAAGGCUCCAUUCACCUUCCCCGUGAGGCCGUGUCUUGGGCUGGAGGUGCCUCCUCCUGGAGGCCACACACCUUGGCCAAAGGAGCACCUUGCAGCACUCAAAGCCCUGGUGACAAAGGGUGGGGCUCUCGUUUUCUUCGGUUUGUGCCCUGCUAAACCCUAGGUGUGAUCUCAGCCCUGGGGCUGCAGAGAUGAAAGGCUGAGUCACAGCACCAUCCACUCAGGGCAGGUUUCCUUCCAGAGUGUUAAAGUGCCAAAGCCAAACAGCUGAUAAGCCAUUCUCACCCCUGGGAGAAAAAGCAAAGGCUCCAGUGAGGAAAUCCACUGUGAUUCGCCUCAGAUUACUAGCUAGGCACGAAAAGCCUUCAAGUAUCUGUGGCUAACAUUUCACCUGGGUACAACAUGAGGCUGUUCUUCCCGGGCGAUCACUUCCACCCAUUUGUUAACACUCAAGGCAGAGCAAGAAUAUGCAAUUCACUCUCUUUCCAAAAUCCAUCCACCCAAUACCUUCCCCCCUCCACCCCUACCCUUCACAGAAGCAGCUGACGAUCAUAUUGACAAAUGGGCGUAAAAUGGAACACUGUGCCAGUGUCUUGCUGAGAUCAAGCCAUUAAACAUGACCUGUUGUAAUAGAAAA